CUCGUCUUUUCGUGCUUGUCUCCUUUACUUCUUUCUUUAACCCAUUGUCCAAUAAAAUGAUCGACAUACACGUAUAAAUAGACACGAUGACACGGGUGCAAAGAGCUGAGCACAAACACGCAUCACCUCUCUUCCAGCUCCUCUCCUCUUCUGUCUCUGUCUGCCCAAACCCAAGAACCCAGAUGCAGAAGCAUAACCAAUCCAUUUCUUGCUCGCUUCCUCAUUCAGACCAAGAAAGCAAAAAUCCAUCCAUGGCAAGCCUGCGAGGAGCCGCACCGGCACGCCGAUCGGGCACGGGAGACGAUGUCUUGCACACAGAAGCUGAAAGCCCCGUCUCGGCGGCGCCCGAGGACUUCGAGUUUUGUAUACUCUCGUUCGGUGGGCUCGCGCUGGCCGGCGAGGACGCGGCGGACAUAUGCGUCGCGGACGAGGUUUUCUCCGACGGCAAGCUCCUCCCGCUCCGCCUCUCGUCGGUGAACUCGGCCGACGCGUCGACACUACUGCUGCUUCGCUCGGAUUCUCUGGACGGCGCCACGACGGCGGCGUCCACCAGCGGCUUCAGCUCGCGCUCCGACAGCCGAAGCGCGAGCUCCAGCAGCAGCAGCUGCGUCAGCCGGAGCACGUCCACGAAGAGCGCGUCCUCGGACCCCGCCGGCCUCGGCAGCUCGUCCAACAAGAGCGCAUCCUCCUCCGACACGGUCAUUCCGCCGCGGCGGUCGCUCUCGAGCAGUGUGUUCUACGCUCACCCGAGCCCGUCGGCGCGCCCGCCACGCCGGAGCGGCCACUCGGCGGCGUCCGCGGCGCGCCGCAACACCGGAUCGGCGCCGCCGGCCGCGUGGGGACUGAUACGCCUGGGCGUCGUCGGCGCUCCCGAGGUGUAUCCACCGCGCGCGGUGGCCGAGUCCAGGAAGGUGGCCGCGUCGAGGGGCGGAAGCCGGAGCGCGCGGUUCUAUCAGACGAACGCCGCCUCCAAGGAGUCGGUGGCAGUGGAUAAGAAGCUCGCUCUGGGGCUGCUGGGAGCCGGUCUGCUGUGCUCGUGCUCGCCUGACGCCGUCGCGCCGGUGGGCUCGGCGGAGGUGGCCGCAGCGGAGGCUAGGCGGAGGAGGAAGAAGGCGGAAGAGAAGAAAAGAGAUGCGAAGCGGAGUGGUCAGAACACUGCUCGGAGGAGCAGGAUUUUCGACUGGCUGGAGGAGCUCUCCAUCUCCAAGGAGAAGGGUGUCGUGUAGACAUAGUCUCCUACCAGCAUUUGUUUUCGAUAUUUUUUUAUUUCUUUGAUGGUUAGUAUCACCCAUGGAAAUAUUUGUCACUUGAUUUGUUUUCACCAUUUAGUUGGUUGAUCAAUCCCUUAAUGCAACAAUGUCAUUGAGCAAAGCUCCUCAUUUGUAAAGACCACGGCCUUUGAAAUGCUCUAUUACAUACAUUAUUCUCACAUUGUAA